AUGUCAACAAUAGCCAGUAAUACAGAUUCUGGAUUAAGCGGACAACCCAGUGAUGAUAUUGACAACCCAAAAGGUCCUUCAAAUGGCAGCAAUGCUGAAUCACCAGGUGGCACUCUUGGCACAGUGACAACAUCCGUAAAAGAUACGAAUGUCUCAUCAAACCAAGAAUCGACUGGUCAAAGUGGUUCAAGAGAAAAGAAAGAUGAUAAUGCUUAA